AUUCUUGUUAUGUAUCACUCCAUUAGGUCACACCCGGCCAUCACAGCCACACUUUUAGACUUUCUAUGUAGAAUUGCCCAAAGCUUCUGUCCAUCACUUUCAUCACUAGUCAAAGCGGGCGUUAAGACAUCACUUCAGCAAAUUUUAGAGAAACGAGUUCUACAGUCAUUGUCACCACUUUUCGAUAGCAAUAAAUUGGAUCGAGAGCUCAGGGCAAUGGUUAGGGAGACGUUCCCGGAAUUCUGCACACCUGAUGGCAUACCUGUUGAUGUGAAUCACAGUUCUCGCGAACAGUACUCAAUAAUAGGCGAUGAAAGCGGAGGCCUUAACCACAACUCAAUCAAUGAAUCGAAGUUCAGCGACGAAGAGGAAGAACCCGUUCCUAAGAAACCAAAGCGAAGCAAAAAAGACAAAGAAGUGAAAGAAAUAAAAGAAGUAAACGAUAAUAAAAAUGGAGAGAAAGAGAAAGUGUUAACACCGAAGGAAUGCAAUGUUAUGCUGGGGUCGUCGAGCGCUCUCUCCAAAAGCGAUUUAAUGACACAAAUUGAACAAAUGAAUGGCUCAGAGAUGCGCUCCUGUCUCACGCGUCUCUACGAAGACAAGGAUAACGAAAGCAGAUGUGAAUCAAUGGAACAGUUGGUGCAGUUUGUGAUGCAGGACGAAGACAAUGACCAGGACAUGGCCUCGAACUUAACUAUAAUACUGUUAUGCAUUUUAGAAGAUGAUCUCUCGAAGAAAGUGUUUCCGAGUACUAGUUAUUGUGUGGAUGAGGAGGAAUUGGAGGACUCGAUCGGCACU